AUGAAGGUGACAGUGACAGUUAUUGUGAUGUUACUCUCCGUUUCCGAUAGCAGUAACAUUGGAAAUAUAUCAGCUAGGAGCAAAAACAGGGGGAAGGGAUCCAUGUGGUGGGGUAUCGCGAAAGCUGGGGAACCAAAUAACCUCUCACCCCUUUCCCCAGGAAAAUCGCACUUAGAUUCCUCAGCUUAUUAUGGAACUCUACGAAGGAAACAACGAAGGUUAGCCAGAGAAAAUCCUGGUUUACUCGACGCUAUAGCAAAAGGAGCUAAGAUGGCAAUCAACGAAUGCCAAUACCAGUUUAGGAAUCAAAGAUGGAACUGUUCGACAAGAAACUUUCUUCGAGGGAAAAACUUGUUUGGAAAAAUUGUGGAUAAAGGUUGUAGAGAAACUGCUUUCAUAUAUGCUAUUACAUCGGCAGCAGUGACGCAUUCAAUAGCACGAGCUUGCAGUGAAGGUACCAUUGAUACCUGUAAUUGUGAUACUCAUUACAAAGGUAGACCUCAAGUAUUUGCGAAUGGCAACAAUGCAGCUGCUGUAGCUAACGUUCGAGAUUUUGAAUGGGGCGGUUGUUCAGACAAUAUCGGCUUCGGAUUCGACGUAAGUCGGGAGUUUGUCGAUACAGGCGAAAGGGGCAAGUCUUUACGAGAGAAGAUAAAUCUGCAUAAUAAUGAAGCGGGGCGAUGGCAUGUUCAAUCUCAAAUGAGACAAGAAUGCAAAUGUCACGGGAUGUCCGGUUCAUGUACAGUAAAAACCUGCUGGAUGCGUCUUCCUACUUUUCGUGUGAUCGGUGACUUAUUAAAAGAUCGCUUCGAUGGAGCGUCCCAUAUAACCACCUCGAAUGGAGGUAAUGGCAGAAACAAUAACAAAGGACAUAGUAAUCGGCUGCCAAAACAUCCCAAGACGAACUCUAUAAUGUCCAACAGCAUCCACGCUAAACGGGAAAAUAGAAGAAGACAACACAAAUAUAACUUUCAAUUGAGACCUUUCAAUAAAGAUCACAAACCUCCCGGUAUUAAAGAUCUCGUAUACUACGAAAUAUCUCCAGGAUUUUGUGAAAAAAAUCCUAAACUGGGUAUACAAGGUACCCAUGGAAGAUUAUGUAAUGAUACUUCCAUGGGUGUGGAGGGUUGUGAUAUUAUGUGUUGUGGAAGAGGAUAUCGUACACAAGAAAUUAUGGUAGUUGAAAGAUGUAAUUGUACGUUCCAUUGGUGCUGUGAAGUCAAGUGCGAUAUUUGUAAAGCUAGAAAAACUAUACAUACUUGUGUUUGAAAAUACGUCGAAAUAUGCAUAUUUUGUCAAUUUAAUGUAGUCUAAUUUAUACUAUCGAAUUUAAAAAGCCUAUUCAAAUAUACAUUGUCAAAAUCUUUCACUACGACAAGAUAUUGGUGACAACUAGAACAAUAUUUCACCUCUCAUCUAAUUUUUUAUUUGUUAGCAAAAUAGUUGAUACUUCGUUGACUAUUGAUGUAUAAAUGGUGCCAAGAAUAGAAAAUAAAACAUUUCGAUUUAUCAGUAUUAUAUUAUGUAAAAUAGAAAGACUGAAACUUUAGAUAUAGAAAUUACUGAUAUGUAUAUAGUAAAAAACUGACUUUUCAUUUUAUUAAUGAGAUGAUAUGCGUUUCUCAGCGAAAACUUAAAAGUGCUUAAAGAAGAAUUUGAUUUUUUAUUAACUCAUGAAAAUAAAAUAUAAAUGUAAUCAUAAAAUAUUUGUCAUUUCAUAUUAUUAAAUGUGGAUUCAAUUACCCAAAUUUACAAAGUGGUAUACAAUAGUCACACAUUUUCCGAAAAUUUUUUUAUAUCAAUCAUCUUUGCACGGCAUUGCGUAAACAUUAAAAUAAGAUCUAAAAAUCAAACAGUAACUAGCUUAGUUACUACUAACUUACUCAACACGAUCGUCAUAUUUCUAACACAACUUGUUUACGUUUAAAGUACAUUUCAACACGUGCAUUACUGUGCUUUUGAAACCUUACUUCACUCACUCAAAGGGUAUAAUUUUCUCACUCUUCCUGCAUUAUCAAUGAACUGGAUUACCUCCAUGACGAUGUCAUCGUAGAUCAUAACUCGUAGUAAAUUCAGUCAACAGUAUGCAUAUUCCGAUCUUAUGGAGGCUACUAUUUCGAAUGUACUACGAUGUUUUUAGUACCUCGAUUAUAAAAUAUUUGAUACCAUAGCAUCAUAGCUGAAUAUUAUAUAGAUAGAAUGAAGUUUUAUCAAAUCAGCAAAUAGAUUUCUUUAUAUUUAACUUGAGGUUAUUCCCUUUUUCCUGAGUUUAUAAUUCAUUUUUAUAGGUAUUGAGUUAUAUUGGUAAAAUUUACGUGUAUGGAUUUGAACUCAUUUAUUUUAAUCCUCCACAUUUUUGUCGAUUUAUGUACAUUAUUGAUUGAUACCCGUAACUUUUCUAUCGUUUACUGUCUUCCCGCUAAUAUGACAGUAUCGUUCAUAAAUGUUGAAAAAAUAUAAUUUCAUAAUUUUGCGAUGCCAUUCGUGAACAAGAGGUAUAGAUGUUUCAACACACUGCCCUGUGGCACGACUGCAUUAAUUUUCUCAAGUUCACAACAGUAAACUAAUUUUUUAUAAUAAUUUUAGUUAAACAUCCAUCGUCACGUCGAUAAUAACGUUACUAGCAAUUCUAAAAAAGUAUGUAUAUAGAACAAAUUGUUAUGUAUUUGAAUUGGAAUAUUCUUUCAUAGCUGCAUGAAUAAUAAUUUAUAUUUGUAUUAUUUUAUCUUUGAAAUUUAGUGUUAAUAUAAUUUAUUCGUACUGUAUAUAAAAAUAUCAGCGUAGUAUCUCAUAAUUGUAAUAUACAUAUGUUUUAUUUAUUAUUUUAUCAUAUCAAUCUAUUAAUUUAUUAUUUAGCAAUGUAAAUUGAUAUUAUUGUGUAUAUAGAUGAUUUUUUUGUAAAUAUGUUUAAUCUUUUUUCAUUCUAAUAAAAGAGUAUAACUGUACACAUACAUGUGAUGAUUUUUAAUAAAAUUAGAAAAAAU